AUGGGCAAGCGAGACAAUCGAGUGGCUUAUGUAAAUCCGAUCGCCGCCGCUCGAUCCAGAGGGCCGGUACAGAAUUCCGGACCCACCAUACAGGAUUAUUUAGGCAGACCUCGACCAACAUGGGAAGAAAUAAAAGAGCAACUCGAGAAGAAGAAGAAAGGGUCGCGAGCCUUGGCCGACUUUGAGGACAAAAUGAACGAGAGAUGGAAGAAAGAGCUGGCAAAGAACCGAGAGAAGCUGCUGGGCACGGGCGAAAAGGACAGAGAAAAGGACAAAAAGGCAACAGAGCGAGAAAAAGAGGAGAAGAAAGACAAAAAAGAGAAAAGGGACAGGAAGAAAAGAAGUAGGCAUUCUUCAUCUUCUUCCUCCUCCUCAUCGAGUUCUGAUUCCUCCAGCAGCUCCUCCUCGGAUUCGGAAGAUGAGGUUGAAAAGAAGACUGUGAAGAAGAAGCGGAAAAGAAAGAAGUCAACAGACGUUGACUCGGAUGCUGAAAGAAAGAAGAAAAAGAAAAGAAUUAAGGAAGAAAGCGAUAACAAUAAGGAUGAAAAAAGCCGUAGAAGGAAAAUAAAAAGCGAGCCAAAGUCGUCUACCGAGUCAGAUGGAGAGGAAAUGGCUGACGUCAAGAAGAAAAAGAGAAGUAGUGAGGAACAGGAGAAAAUUCCAGAAAAAUCGAAGAAAAAACGGAAAAAGAAGCACAAGAAGCACGGAAGGAAAAAGAAAAGGAAGGCGCCGUCGCAGUCCGACUCUGAGCUGGACUAG